AUGCUUUCACUGAAUCCUGGUUCGGCUUGCGACGUUUGCGCUGAGGAGUACGGUCCUCAUCGUUCGCCACACUCCAUUCCCUGCGGACAUGUUUUAUGUGCUAGCUGCUGUAGUACCAUAGUCGACAAGACCGCCCCUCGCCUCGCACCUGUCUGCCCAUUUUGCAGGGAGCAUUUCUCUAGUGACUCUGUCCGCUUAAUCCGCCUGGAUUUCUCAAGUAGUGGAUGGAGCACCCCUCGGCGCAAGGGUGGCACUAUCGAAGCCAACCUCUUCUCUGGAGUGGUUGGUAAUGGUGCUGUCGACCCCACGGGAGAGCUGCUGGCUCGGCACUCUGAACGUAUGAAGCUGCCGGAAGGUGGCUCCAAAGCCCGGAUCGAAGCCCGCCGCCUAGAGGACAAGGUUGCAAAGGUGGCAGCAAAAAAAUGUUCCGUGGAGGAGGUGACGACUCUACACAAGGAACUACAGGAAUGGUUGUCGUCAGAUGCUAAACCCGACGAUCAGACCUCAUCAUUAUUCCUCAGCGCGGCCCUACUGCGCGCUAUUCUCAUGAACCAUGUCGCCCAUUCCGAGGCUAGUAAAAUCGCAAGACAUAUGGAAGCCGACCUCAAAGGCAAGCUCGACGGUCUCAUUAGUCAGAACCACAAACUUGAGUCGGACUUGCGGAGUCUACGCACGGAACUCAGUCGUCUCAAGGCUCUUGCCUCGACGAUUGGUGUUCCCACAGGUUCCUCUUCCCCCGAGCCUCCAUAUCCGCAAUCCCCUUCACCCACACCGCCCGUUACGCCCUCUACGACCCCAUCAGCACCCUCGUAUAAUUCACUUAGCCCAAUGACUCACGCCCCAACGCCACUAUCACGAUUUAAUUCUAUUCACACACGUUCCGUGUCUGUAUCUUCACGACCUUCCACGCCUACUACGUCUCCGUCAUCGUCCACUCCCGCCCCACCAACCUCCUUGGUUUCUCCGUACCGUUCCCACACUCCUGGUCCCCCCUCCCGCUCGCAUUCGCAAACACCCGCUCUCCGCUCGCAAACACCUUCCGUCCGAUCAUAUACACCCUCCAUCCGAUCAUCCACGCCAGGAGUAGUGAGCCCAUCGCACCAGCAAUAUCGUUCCCAAACCCCAGCGCCACCCCUUCCCCAUCAUAGUCCGUUGAACAACGGAAUUCAACCCUCCCGACCACGUAGGCUCUCCGUAAAUCUUCCUUCACCCCAAAAAAUCAUGCGCUCAGUCUCAGAAGAGAAACAAGAACUCCAUGAGCGCUGGAUACCGCAUGUCGAGCCUGACUCGCCAGUGCCGACCAGCAAGACACCUGCUCCAUAUGCCACUACGCCUGCUCGCUCGCGCACGCUUAGUACGGCAGCGAUCAGGUAUAAGGCCACGUCACCCAACGAUAAUUAG